AGUUAUAUAUAUAAUCGCUUAAUUUUGGUAUUUACAUAUACUGUAAAAAUUCUAAAAAAAAAGAAAGUGUGGUAUUACGUAUCGUAGAAGACAGAAAAACAAAAAGAAGGAAAAGAAGAAUUUUAUGCAUCGUUUAUUGAAACAAUUAAACUUCAAACAUGUCACUGUUUGCUUGUUGCGUGCGUCAGAAUAAUCGAGCUGCAGAAGAGGCACUACAACAGAUGCUAGCGAAAGAUCCGCCAGAGAUCUCAUGGGAAAACACGUUGGGUUCACCCAACGGCGUGCCCUUCGAUGAUGACACAAAGGAGUUACUGAGAAAGUGCCUCGAUGUCUCCGUGUUGCCACCAACCAGCGUGACGGAGCUAAUCAGACGAAGCAAUGUGUUCCCCUUGAAGUUUCCAAUUAACACUGUAAGAUGCGCCGCUUUGAAGGACAGGGGAAUCAGCACGGAUUCUAUCGAGUUAAAUGCAAAUUCGGUAUAUCCACUGAUACAUGAAGCGAUGUUGCCCUUGAUUGCGCGAUGGUUGAAACACAAGCGAUUGUAUGGUAGCCCUGUUGAGAAAGUCAUGUAUGCGGACAUGGGCCUCAUCCAAUUCAUCCAUCGCCUAUUGGAUAAGAGAGUGGCCUCCUUCUGUGGAGCUAACGAUCGAUGGAAAUUACUCGAUAACAAGAGUGGCUUCGAUGCCUGGGAGAGUGUUGGCACCGAUCAGGAGAAGGAACCAUUGGUCCUAGCAAAAUGCUUGAGCUAUGACGAGAUUAAACUGUCAACAAUGAUAGUGGUGUCGUCUCAUACGGAGUUCAUAAACGAUGGUUCGCGGAAUAAUAGAGGUAUCGUGAGCCGUGACCCAGACGCCGUCCAACCCAGAGGGGUUAUUAUGGGUGUCGUAGGCACAAGAUUCGAAAAGCCCCGAUAUAUGGAGUAUCAGGACAUUGCCGUUACGCCACAGCAAAACAAUAUGGAUAAUGGAUAUGGAUCCGCGAUGGAUGGCACAUUCGAAGAAAAACGCGGGAUGCGUGUUUUAUGGGCCAAGUUUUAUGGCGAGGAUUAUCACCCGCUCUACGAUGAAACCGUGAAACGUAUGAAAUCGAAAGAGAACAGACGAUAUAUAUCAUUGGGUAAUCAGUUAAUCUUCGAUAUCGAGAAUUACAUGAAGAGAACUUUACUCUCCGUAGAGAUAAUACUACUCGAAGCAAACAGCCGCGCCGAGAAGCAAAACACCACCGCUUUCUUACACGUGGUUGGUUUUGGUCUCGGUGUCUGGAAAGUACUUCAAGAUCAGGAAGUCUACUUCCUGAAAACAUUCGAGAUUGCCAUCAAAAAGAUGAACAAGAAGCUCAAAUACGUUUCUGACAUUAUGUUUGCUUAUUUCCGGCAACAAAAAUGCGGUGGUGCGGGAAACGGCGAUUAUCUGGGUGAUAUAAAAAUACAUUUUGCUCUGAGAGAACCACAUAGCAGACUGUUUCGAGCCAAAGAUUCAAGUAAACUCCUCGUUGUAACUUAUGCUAGUGAUGGAAAUACGUUACCAGGGAAUGAAUUCUGGGUAGGAAGUCUAGAAACCAGCGGCGAUCCUGCGGCCGCAUGUAGCACUCAAAUAACCGAGCUGCAUAAUUCUAAGAUCAAUCCACGCGCGUGCGGCGCCAGCUUACAUGUCGCAUCCGCGGAGCACGGAAUCCUGCACAUAUCGGAUUACGCGAAGCUCCAUCUUACUUAGGAAAGGGCCGGCCCGGUGGACAACGGGCAACGAAGACCAUCUCGAUCACCGCGAAGUCAGCGUAGCCGCAGUGCG